GGGGUUGUUAUGUUGAAAUACUGCCCUGCGGCCCAGUCUCCGAAGGGAGGGGAUCAUGCUCUGCUUCAGUAUGUCACAGUACAUGUUGGCAUUCAUGGUUCCCUGAAUGAACUGUAGCUCCCCAGUGCCGGCAGCACUCAUGCAGCCUCAGACCAUGACACUCCUACCACCAUGCUUGACUACAAAUUCUGGAUAUGAUGCUGAUCAUGUGCUUUGGUUGACCAUGGUGAAGCCUGUUCUGAGUGGAACCUGUCCUGUCUUGGUCACCGUGCUGCAGCUCAGUUUCAGGGUCUUGGGAAUCUCCUUAUAGCUUAGGCCAUCUUUAUGUAGAGCAACAAUUCUUUUUUUCAGAUCCUCAGAGAAUUCUUUGCCAUAAAUUGCCAUGUUGAACUUCCAGUGACCAGUAUGAGUGAGUGAGAGCGAAAACACCAAAUUUAACACACCUGCUCCCCAUUCACAUCUGAGACCUUGUAACACUAACGAGUCACAUGACAC